CACCGAUCCAAACUCCAACUCCCAUGGUCGCACGCCGAUCCGCGCGGCUGACCGAGCCGGCGCCCGCGGCCACGACCGCCCCGCGCCCCGCUCGACCCACGCGACGUGCCAAGGCCGCCGAGGUCAUCGAGGUCCCGACGAGCUCCGAGGAAGAUGGCGACGACGACCAGGAAGAUGCAGGGGAAGAGGCAGCCAGCGAAGACGACAAGCCGCCAUCGCCUCCUCGCCGUGGCCGGGCAGCACGCAAGCCCGCUUCGAUUUCGCACCUCGAGAUGAAGCCGCCAGCAGCCAGCGAUGGCAGUGAAGAUGACAAGCCCAUAUCGCCGCCUCGUCGGGGCCGGGCAGCACGCAAGCCGGUUGCAGUCUCGCAGCUUGAGAUGAAGCCGCCAACCGACGAUGAGAGCGAGGAUGACAAGCCCAUAUCACCACCGCGUCGUGGCCGGGCAGCACGCAAGCCAGCCCCUGUUGUGGACGUCGAGAUGGAGGGGCCUGCCGACGACGCGAGCGAAGACGACAAGCCGAUAUCGCCACCUCGCCGUGGCCGGGCCGCACAAAAGCGCGAGCCGGUCUCGGACCUCGAGAUCAAGCCGACGCCAGCCAAGAAGCCGCGUGUUGCAGCAACCAAGAAGAAUGCGAUCGUCGAUUCGGACGCGUCGGACAUGGACGAUGUCUCGUGGGCCGAUGCGCCCAAGCUGCCCGCCAAGGGCAAGGGCAAAAAGAAGGUCGUCGUUGCCCGGCCACGCAAGGUGCGUACGCUCAAAGAGAGCAGCGACAGUGAGUUCAACGCGUCGUCGGACGAGAGCAGCGACGUGGUCUCAGUCGCAUCCCACGUCGACUCGGAAGACGACAACCCGAUCUUGCCACCAGGUUCUUCGCCGAUCAAGGUCAAGUUGCCUGCGAAAGCGUCGCCGGCGCCCAAGCCCGCGGGCAACCGACGUCGUCCAGCGCCAAAAAAGGCCGCCAAGGAGCCGUCCAAAGACCCCAACGACGCUGCACGUCCCCAAAACGCCGAGGACGACCCCGCCGACCCCGUGUACCCGAUCUACAAGGCGUGCUACGCGACCAGCGGCCGCGCGCGGUGCAAGACGUGCGAGAAGGCGCUCGAGAAGGACGAGCUUGUGAUCUCAGUGACGCUCGAGCACUCGCGCUUUGGCAUCAACAGCUACUACAAGCACGUGGCCUGCUCUAUGCUCUGCGACGCGAUCCCGCUCGCCGGUCUCACCGCGCUCUCCAAGAACGACGAAGCCAAGAUGGUGGCGGUCAUGGCUGCCAACCGUGCGGCUGGCCUCGACGACGAGCGCAUUGCGUUGCGCGAAGAAGACUUUAUCAAGCGCGAGAUUUUGCCCGGAAAGCUGCCCGUGGCUGCGCUCACCGCGAGCUUGCUGCCGUACCAACAAGAAGGCCUCGCAUGGAUGGUCAACCAAGAGGCGAGCGCGUACCGCGGCGGUAUCUUGGCCGACGAGAUGGGCAUGGGCAAGACGGUCCAAGCCAUUUCGUGCAUGUUGGAGCAAAUCCGGUUGGAGAAGAAUGACACGAUGUUCCAGGCCAACGGGCUCCUGCCGGGCGGGACGCUCAUCGUGUGCCCCGUCGUCGCCUGCAUGCAGUGGCGGUCGGAGAUCGAGCGGUUUGUGGCCAAGGACACGCUGCGCGUGAUCAUUCACCACGGGCCGAAGCGCACCAAGCUCGCGGCCGACCUCGCCAUGUACGACGUGGUCUUGACGACCUUUUCGAUCGUCGAGAGCGAAGGACGCAAGAUUCUGGGCGCCGACAAGGACCCGUGUGCGUACUGCGGCAAGCUCUUUUUGCCCGAGAAGCUCAUCUUGCACAACAAGUACAUUUGCGGCCCGAACGCACGCAAGACGUCCAAGCAAGCCAAGCAGCAACGCGGCAAAGCGGCCAAGGACAAGGCCAAGUCGUUUCAAGACAUGGACGACGAGGACGAUGCGUCGUCGGAGGACAAGGCCCCGAAGAAGCCGGUCAAGAAACCCCCGGCCAAAAAACAGGUCAUGAAGGGGACGUCGCCGCUGCACGAGAUUGCAUGGGCCCGCAUCAUCCUCGACGAGGCCCACUACAUCAAGGAUCGUCGGUGCAGCACGGCGCGGUCCGUGUUCAAGCUCACGUCCAAGUUCAAGUGGUGCCUCACGGGCACGCCGCUCCAGAACCGCAUUGGCGAGCUCUUUUCGCUCAUUCGGUUUCUGCAAGUGCACCCGUAUGCGUACUACCACUGCGCGCAGUGCGCGUGCGAGCAGAUUGACUUCCAAAUGAAGGGCGGGCACUGCAGCCAGUGCAGCCACUCUGCGAUGCAGCACUACUCGUCGUUCAACAAGAAGAUUCUCAACCCGAUCCAAGCGUACGGCUACGUGGCCGAAGGCAAGGUGGCCAUGCUGCGCCUCCAAAACGACCUCUUGCGCCACGUGUUGCUGCGCCGCACCAAGCAGAGCCGCGCCGAUGACAUUAGUUUGCCGCCCAAGCUCAUUGUCGUGCGCCGGGACGCCAUGGACGAGCGCGAAAAGGACUUUUACGAGAGCAUUUACACGCAGAGCAAAGCGCAGUUCAACACGUACGUCUCGGCGGGCACGCUCCUCAACAACUAUGCGCACAUUUUCGACCUCUUGAUUCGGUUGCGCCAAGCAGUCGACCACCCGUACCUCGUCAUUUACUCCAAGAUCAACCCGGCACUGCAGCUGCCGACGCCCGAGCUGCCGGUCAAGAAGGACCUGCCGCUCACAAUCGAUGUGGAUGACGACGCGGUGGCGGCACCAGUGUGCGACUUUUGCCACGAAGAGGCCGAGGACCCGGUGCGCGCGGCCUGCAGCCACACGUUCUGCAAGUCGUGCGUUGAGGAGUACAUGGCGUCGCUGCUCAUGAACGCCAAGGCGCUCUGCCCAACGUGCGAAGAGCCGCUGACGGUCAACCUCGCGCCGCCCGAGGUGCCACCGGAAGAGAUGAUCGACGUGGCGUCGCCCCGCAGCGUGGACGUGUCGCUCAAGAAGACGCGCGGAAAGCCGAGCUUGCUCUCCAAGCUGCCGCUGCUGAGCGACUUUCAGAGCAGCACCAAGAUUGAAGCGCUCAUGGAGGAGAUCCACCGCAUGCAAGAAGUGGAUCCGUCGGCCAAGGGCAUUGUGUUUUCGCAGUUUGUCAACAUGCUCGACCUCAUUGAGCACCGCCUCGAGCUCGCGGGCAUUCGCUGCGUGAAGCUCUCGGGCAGCAUGCCCAUGGCGAUGCGCGAGAAGCUGCUGACGCUCUUCCGGGACGACCCGAAGCUCACAAUCUUCCUCAUCAGUCUCAAGGCCGGUGGCGUCGCGCUCAACCUCACGGUCGCGUCCCACAUCUUCCUCAUGGACCCAUGGUGGAACCCGGCGGCCGAGCACCAAGCGAUCGACCGCACGCACCGACUCGGGCAGUUCAAGCCCAUUCGCGCGACCCGGUUCAUCGUUGCCAACACGAUUGAAGACCGCAUCUUGAAGCUGCAGGAGAAGAAGCAGCUGGUGUUUGAAGGCACGGUGGGCUCCAGCACGGCGGCGCUUGGGCGUCUCACGGUCGAAGACCUCCGCUUCCUCUUCCACUAGUAUCGAGUUGAUUCUUUCUUAUAUGGCUCUAAGCUUCGUUGAUUGUUUACUUGCG